AUGGUUGGAUCUGAGAUCUGGAUAUGCAGAUAUGACAUUCUCCCUGAGCCACAUAAUUCAUCUGUUUUGCAUUUGCUCUUUACCAUGGUGCAUUGGCACAGACUCACCAAACUCCAAAUGCAUUCUGAUUGGACACUAGAAAUCAUGGAUUGUGUCACUUUGGCAGUUGGCCAACAAUUCUGCGACUUCAAAGCAACAGUUUGCUUAGCUUACAAUUUACAAGAACUUCACCAGGAGGUUGAAGCUCAUGCCCAAUGCAAAGCAAAACAAGCAGCAAAACAGGUGGGAGGGAAGAAAGGUAAGCAUAGCUCUAGCAUGCUGGAACAAGGGGAGGUGGUGGAGUCACAGACAUCACCUGCUGUCAAGUGCAAAAAAGAAUUCAACUUCCAGACGUACAAGUUCCAUGCUUUGGGUGACUAUGUGUCUACAAUCUGUCAAUAUGGCAUGUCCAAUUCAUACAGCUCUGAACCUACGGAUUGCAAAUCAUUUGAGAAACAGCUGACCCAGAUCAAAUGCCGCCAGGCUCAUAUUUGUCGUAUCAGUGACAAGAUAGUUCAUUGCCCCCACAUCGAAAUUGCAGAAUUAGCCAGAAACCCACACAUCCACCACCAUAUUGGUGCGACAGAAAAAAGUCCUGUUCAUAUAGGAUUGUAUUUAAUCAGCCACAAGGGUGAUCCAGCAAUCAAGAAUUUCCUUGUAAAGCUCAAGGAUCAUCUGCUGGAACAAAUUGCUGUGCCAGGAGUGGGAGAAGAGAAUGACACUAAUAAGGUCAUUAUCAAGGACAAUAGGAUGUAUUGCCACAACAUUGCUAGGUUCAACUACACUAACUAUGAUGUUCGCAGAGCUCAAGAUGUCAUCAACCCUAGGACUUCCCACUGCAAUGUGAUGGUUCUCUGUGCUGCCAAUGAUGUAGGGCACCAAGGGCACAAAUUUGUCUAUGGUAACAUGCUGGGUGUGUAUCAUGUUAAUGUUAUCUAUAUUGGAAGUGGCAUGGUCAACUACACUCCACUACAAAUGGAGUUCUUAUGGGUUUGCUGGUAUGAGCCCAUGGCUCAGGUCUCUGCCUGGGAGACCUUGACCUUAAAUCAGGUUAGAUUUCUGCUCAUGGCAGACCAGUAUUUGUUCAACUUCCUUGAUCCAGCAAAUGUCCUAAGGGGCUGCCACAUAAUACCAUGUUUUGAGAAGGACAAGAGACAUCCAGAAGGAUCGGGUAUGUCAGCUUGUGCAGGGGACAAGGAUGAUUGGCACGCAUACUUCAUUAAUCAGUGGGUCAGGGGCAUAAUUUGUGUAUAG